AGGAAAGGGUUGUUCUCGAGAAGACGAAGAAAAGUUUACUUUACUAUUAAAGAAAGUUAUUUCUUCAUGAAGGAUUCAUAUCAAUAUUAUUUUGCAAAUUUUACUGUUAUUUCCAUGUUAAUUUAUUUUAUUAACAUCAAUUAAUAUUAUUUUCGUAUUUCGCAAUUGUUUGAUUUACAUAUAUAUAUAUUUAUAUAUACAUAUUAUAUAUAUAUAUAUUCUUUUCUUUUUUCUUGAUCUUUAUUGGUUUAUAAAAAUCAACGAAAGUACUAUGUCAUUUACAAUGAAACAAAGUAACAGCAGUAGCCUUACGAUAGAUUAUUCGUCGUACAAAACGGAACUAUCGAAAAGAAGAAGAUCAGUGAUAACAAGAGAAUUAACAAAAAUAGCAUAUUCAGCACCGAAAAGUCUUGUCUCUCUUGCCGAGGGUAUGCCAAACGAGAAUACGUUCCCGUUCACUGAAAUUUCCGUCAAACUAUACGAUGGUUCGUCUUUUACUUUGGAGAAAAGCGAAUUGAGUAAGGCCCUUCAGUAUAUACCUACUCAAGGUUACCCUCCUCUACUGCAGGCCCUGAGGGAAUUCCAAAGGAGGGUGCACGCACCACCCCUCUGGGAAAGUCGCGACAUUGUCAUCGUCGCCGGUGCUCAGGAUGGUCUUAGCAAAACGUUGGAAUCCGUGAUCGGUACCGGUGAUCCGAUUUUGGUACACGAUCCUUUUUAUCCUGGAGUCGAAGUAGUGGUGACGCCUCAUCAAGCAGAAUUAAUAUCAAUUCCACAAGACGAUCUUGGAAUAAUACCGGAAGCCAUGAGAGAUAUUUUAAGAGAGCGACUACUUUCGGGAAAAAAAAUGCCGAAAAUUAUGUACGUCAAUGCAACGGGUGCUAAUCCGACUGGUGUUAUUAUACCACUUGAAAGAAGGAAAGAAAUCUACAGGUUGGCCUGCGAAUAUGAUUUUUUAAUUCUCGAUGAUGAUCCUUAUUGCUUCUUAAGUUAUAGUGACGAAAAACCUAAAUCAUUUUUAUCUCUUGAUACGGAAGGACGUGUUAUCAGAUUGGAUUCCUUUUCUAAAGUCAUUAGCAGCGGUAUGAGAAUCGGCUUUAUAACAGCCCCAGCGCCUCUUUUAGCCAGUAUUGAACUUCACUUACAAAGUAGUCACCUGCAUGCACCCUCGUUAUCUCAGGUGAUGCUGUACAAUCUUCUCAAGAUAUGGGGAUACGAGGGUUUGAUGAAUCAUAUGAAUCGUAUAAAAUAUUUCUACAAGGAACGCAGAGAUAUUAUAGUGUCUCUGGUUGAAAAACAUUUAAACGGAUUGGUCGAUUUUGUUAUACCGAACAGUGGAUUCUUUUUAUGGAUCAAAGUACGAGGUAUCACUGAUACGUGGCAAAUGAUGAUGCAGAGAGGUAUAGCUGAAGGAGUUAUCAUGGCACCAGGUGCAUCCUUUACAAAGGAUCCGACGAAACCUUCUAAUGCCAUAAGAGCAUGUUUUUCGAAAGCAUCCUACGAAGAAAUGAACCUGGCAAUGGAAAGAUUGGCAUAUCUAAUAAGAACGGAAUUAGCCGAAAAUAACUCUUUGCAGAAUUUAAAUUCAUGACAAUCAGAAUUGAUACGAAUGAAUUCAUUUUUUACAUGAUAUUCAUGAAUUUGUCGGCAAGCUAUUUCAAGAUAUCUUGCGACCUACGAAUUGAUAUAAAUUCCUCCGUUUAUCCUGAUGGAAUAACGAGGAAAAUCAUGAACGAAAUGGGAUCAUAUAUUUUAUCGACCGUAGGGGUUUUACGGUCAGUCGGUAAAAAGGGAAUUUUCUUGGGAUACCGAAUCAUUCCUUUGCCGAUUGAGUUCAUCGCGAAGGUAUGACGCUCGUAAGGAAACGACAUCUGUACGAUCGAGGAUAUUUAUGAUAAAAUAAUUUUUAACAAUUACCAUAUCGACUUGAUCCAUUGCGAACAAGGGUAUCCGAGUGUUUUGAUAAUUUCAACGAUUUAUAAUUUUCGUUGAUUAUAUUUCGAGAUUACAAUGUAUAAUGGUUUUUUCUCUUUCUUACAUUGUCUUACAACGACACAAUAACAUAUAAACAUUUACGAUAAUCUAUUAGUAAUUAAGUAUUGUAUCAUUUCACGAUUAAGUUUUGUUAAUAAAUGGAAAAUUGCUUUAA